AUGGUACAGAUUCCAGGAAGAUUCAACAGAACAGCGGCGGCUUUCGACUUAGCGGCGGCGCGUGCACGUCCGCCGUGCGAUAGUAGCAGCGGAAGUGAUCAUUCUCCGGAGGAGACAACGGAUCUUUGGGAUCUGGUCGAAUCUUUUAUGGAUAGAGAAAUCAAAGUUUUACCGGAGGAGGUUCCUGAGGAAGAAAAUGAUGAUAAAUCGGACGACGAUUUCGAAGACGUUAAAGAGAGGUUACGGGGGAUUCUUGAAAAUCACGGUAACGAAGAGCGGCGGAGAAUAUUGGUCAAGGCGGUGAAUGCUAUAGGGUUCAUCGGAGAAAAACGCAACUUGAUGGCUUUUCUACGUAACAAGGGUUUUGAUGCAGGUCUCUGCAAGUCCCGGUGGGAGAGAUUUGGCAAGAACACAGCUGGGAAGUACGAGUACGUCGACAUUAAGGAAGGAGAUAAGAACCGUUUAAUCAUCGAGACAAAUCUUGCAGGAGAGUUCGAGAUUGCUCGGCCUACGACAAGAUACCUUUCUCUCUUAGCUCAACUGCCAAGUGUCUUUGUCGGAACACCAGAGGAGCUGAAAAAGCUUGUGAGGAUCAUGUGCUUCGAGAUAAGGCGGUCAAUGAAGCGAGCUAAGAUUCACGUGCCGCCGUGGAGGAGGAACGGUUACAUGCAAGCCAAGUGGUUCGGUCACUAUAAACGAACCUCUAACGAAGUUGUGACUAGGGUUAAGAGCUGUGGCUGUGGACCGCGUCUCGGGUUCGAGGAAAUGAAAACGGCGACGUUUAAUGGUUUUAAGGAGGUGGAGAGGAAGAGGAGUGGUUUAAAAAUUGGCCGGCUUACGGUGGCUUUCAGUGGCAGUGAAGUGGGGAUAUAA